CGCCAGAUUGUUUUGGGAAAUGAGUUGAGUUUAAUGCUUGCUAGCCAACAGUUAGCCCUCAAUCCCAAAAUACGCUAAGCGACAGACAGUCUCUAAAAUGCCGACGCCUGAGGUUAGUGGAAACUACCGCCAAUUAGCAGCCUUUUAUCAGCACGGACGUGAAGAAAUACGCCAGACGGUCACGGGAGGGAUUUAAGGUCCAACUGCUAAAUGUGUUGACUGGUAUCUUAUCAUAAAUGCAACUGUGAAGACAGAAUGCCAGAGAUGACCGAAACUCAGACACCUGGUCGUAAACCCAAAAAGAAGAAAAACAAAGAAUCUCACAAUGCAGUUGAGAGGCACAGAAAAGAGAAGAUUAAUGCUGGGAUUAACCGCAUUGGAAAUCUUCUACCUUGUUCAACGGCACUUAAACAGAGUAAGAACAUGAUCUUGGAUCAAGCCUUUCGUUACAUCACUGAACUGAAAAAACAAAAUGAUACAUUUCUUCUGGAAGGAGGAGAUAAAGUGCAAGCUGAGGAGAUACGUCGGCUGCGGUGUCAGAUGGAGGAGCUGAGGAGGGAGAGUGCUCAGUACUUCGAGCUCCUUAAAGCCCAUGAUAUUAACAUUUUAGAAGACCCCACAAUUCACUGGAGGGGACAACAGCGUUGCACCAAGGUGGCAAAGGUCACCCCCAAUCACCAACUCCCAAAAGGAAUUGAUGUCUGCUCCAAUGGCGUUGUAAAGAGCCCCGCAGGGAAGGAGACUAGCCCGGCAAAACAGCCUUCUGAAACAUUAAUUCUUCAGCCACCUUCUGAUGUCAGUGCCAGGUUGAGAGUUAAUGGAGCCCUGUUGCAAGUUAAUACCUCUUCUUCCACCCCAUCUCUUCUCCCCGGGUCGACUGUCACACCCAACCAGUCUACAACAGGCCUGAGAAUGAUAGAGCAGUGCAGCGUUGAGUCACCGACUGCAGCUCCAAGUCUGCCACCCUCUGUGUCUUACAUCACCCUGCAGAUCCCAGCAGCCACCACAUCCCUUCCCCAACAACCGCAGCCUGCCGCCCCAGUCCCGAUCCACACCAUAACAGCCACUUCAGCGUCACAGCUCAUCACUGAAAGCCCUGCGCAGCUGGUGACAAAUGCAGCCACACAUUCCCAGGCUAUAGCCACAUCUGGAGCAGCAACCUCGGAGGUUUGCUCUUGGCCCGCACCGGACAGUGCUAUGAGGACUGUAAGUUACACUGCCAUCCACAGCAGCCAAGCCCUUCUUAGGGCUGGGGCGGCAGGCAGCACACAGACAACCUGGACCACUCUUCAGAUGGCGGGAAACACAGUGCAGCCCGUCUGCCAGAGUCUCGCCACCCCAGAGGUCAUCAACACCGCCCAGACUGUCCAGCAGAUGACCUCUGUUCAGCCCAUUCAAAUACAGAUGCAAUCCCAUGUGCCUGCACAGCAAGCACCCCUCACAGGACAAGCACAGCCCUUUCAGAGACCCACCCAGCUACAGCCAGCAGUCUUGAACCACGUAAAGCCUCAGCCUUUUUUAGUCCCCCAAACACAGUGUGCUGUUCUCUCUCAGGCCGCCAUGUUAACGCAGCCCGGUAUAGCAGCCCACUCUACCGUCGUGCCGCCACAGCCCCAGUCUGCUGCGCUUAAACCAGCGCCAUUGGUUCCCCAUCAUACAAGCGCCCUCAUACCUCAGCCCCACCCACAGCCAGCCCAGGUGCCCCAGCCACAGGCCACUGUGCUGCCCCUCCUUCAGACCAUGCAAGUGCUGCAGGUCAACCCCACUGGCGGGAUGGGCUCAGGUGCUACAGCCCAACAGAACACCAACAACCCCAGUGUGGUCAUUUUGCAGCAGGCCAGUUCUUGCCCAAACCAGUCAGUUGUAAGGGAGGAAAUAACAAACCAGCCACCGUGUCAGCAUAUUGUAAUCAUCCAGGCACCCAAUCAGGUUGCACCUGCCCCUCAGAAUUCUCAGCUUGGCCUGGUGCCUGCUGCUGCGCCCACCGCAGUACCCGUUGCGUCCUCUCAGAUAUCCACGACCUGUUGUUCAACAUCUGCUACUUCCUUACAGAGUGUUGGGGGAAAGCAACUGGUGCACAUUCUCCCACGCCCCGUUCAGCCUCACAUGAACCAUCCCCUUCAGGUGACACAGGUUUCCUCUCCCGCACCAGUUCCUCCAACACCACAGACUAUCACUGUGAAUGGCCAGGUGUUUGCUUUGCAGCCCAUGAAGACCUCUGACAAAACCACCUCCCAUACUGGCCAGAGUACACUCCAGCUGGUCCAGCCCACCACCACUGAGGAACCAACUACCAAUGUGGCCCUCAACAGUUUAGGUGCACUCAGUAGUCUCAAUCAGAGCAUCUCUCGGGGCCUUGCACUCACCCUUUCAAGCCAGAACAAUGGUCAGCUUCCAGCCGCUCCAUUAUCAGUAGUCCAGCAGAAGCAGCCUCCUGCUCCAGCAUCCAUCCCCAAAGCUGCACUAGCUCUGCCUGCCCGGCAGCUACAGGCCCCUUCAUUUAACCCAGUCAAAUCAAGACGGGUGGGCAAUGCAUCCAAGAGUAGAGCCAAUAGGCUUUGCACAACUUUGAAUACAAAGAGGACAACUGCAAAAAGGACUAAACCAGCCGCCAAAAAAGAGCCCAGAGAGGCGCCACUUGUUGUCGCUGUUGCUGCCAGGCCAGUGGUCGCUGCCGGAGACGGUCAGACAGUUCAAGUUUCAGUAUCUGAAGCAUCACAGUCUUCACCUGUAAAAGUCAUCGACAUAAGCCCCACUUGUACCAAAGCUGUCACAAUGGCAGAUGGGAGUGAAGCCGUGGCGAAUAUCUCCUCAACACAAAACAGUCAGAUAACGAUUGUGUGUAGUUCAUCCAGUGACUCGUCUGUUUCAUCUAGACAAUCCCAUCCACCGAGCAAAAGCUCUGUCGCUGCAACUCAGACCGAUGUUGUACUCGGUAACCCUGGCGGUGUGGCAACUGCAGUGACAACUGUCAGUACCACACCGGUCAAGCCAACCGUUAGUGCAGCUGUGGUCAUUGAGAAUAAACCAGCAAUAGUUUCUGGCAACAACACGGCUCCAGAGGUUAAACAGCCGACCAACAGUUCAGCAACUGGCACAACACAAAGUAAGUCAGCUGCCACCACUUCCAUUUCUAAACAGAGCAAAUCUCUGGUUGCUUCUGAAGAGGCCACCGAGACUGCAUAUGUUCCCAGCACUGUUUCUGCGGCAUGCCUGACUCCAGUCUGCACCAGCAGUCUCCCAUCAACCGCACCAUCAUCUUUAAAUCGGGCAACCCAACCAUCUUCAGUAUGCCGUGACCACCACGUGUCCAAUUCCCAAGAUCCUCCGCCAUGUAGUAAACCCCAGUCACGGCCCCCCACUUUCCCACCAAUGUCCACAACUGUGGCGCCAUCAUCACCUGCAGUGACUUUUACCGCAGCCCACGGCGCUGUUACAGCCUCUUCAACAAGCUCAGAGUUUAGGAAAAGGGUUGCUACAAGUAGAGCUGCAACUCAACCGACUGAUGUGAAUACUCCCCACCCGUCGCCCUGUCCUCCUGAACUCAAACCGCCCCAGCCUCCUCGAAGAGCAUUGGAGGCUCAGUUAGAGAAAGACGUCUUGGUGGCAGCGACUUCUGGCAUUCCCCCGAGAAAGGAUUUUGCCUCAUCUCAGCAGGUGUACACUAACCUCGACGAUCAAACUAUAGAGCACCCAAUGACGUCUAGCAGACAGACCGAUUCCCCCAUGUCUUCUGGGGCCGGGGGAGGCAGGGGGUUCUCUGUGGCAUCCAUGCUGCCCCAGGGCCACACCAUAAGUGCGUCAUCUGGCUCCUUUGGAUCAUUCACGUUCACAUCCGAACAGGCGGAAAUGCUGGCGCUGGCCAUGCUGGAACAGGACAGUCCAGGAAGGCGGAGUGGAAGCUGCUCUGGGAACCCUCCUGCAGCAAAUGCCACAGCAGCCACGUGGGAGCCCCCAAAAAACCCAAUAGUGCCGAACAGUAAAGAAAGGGGCUCUGCUGGACAGCAGGCAAAAGUGACUAAGCCCACGGACACAGUGGCAGUUAAACCCACUGUCCAUGUAUCUGUCAGAGGGCAUGCUGGGGAGGGGCCCAAUGGAAGCAGACAUGCGCAGAACAUCUCAUACUCCCAGCCUCUCCCCCAGGUGCAGUCGCAGUGCCAGAGCGGCACCGUGGCGAGUCUCAGCGUCAACAACCUGAUCCGGCCCAGCUCCACUCAGCAACACUACCCUGGCUCCCCCAGUCUUGCUGUCCAGCAGGGCUCAGUUCCUUCACCUGUAGGGAGCUCAGCCCACAUACCCCAACCCCCAAGCAACACCCUCUCGCCCUGCUCUGGUGUGGCCCAAUUAAAUGAGUACACCCCCUUGAAGACUGCGCUGAUGAGGACUCAGGGAGGAGUCGGUGUAGGUGAGCGGCAUGGCAAGAUCAUCUCUAAACGGCAGGCCCAGGAAGAGGUGAUGCUUAACGCUGGAAAACGGCCCAAGCCGUGCCCUCCGUCGGCUGCCAAUGUCAGCCAUAUGGACCUGAAAGUGCCCGACCACAGCCAGAUGAUGGUGGGACAGCUGCCGCCCACGUCCUCGGCUGUCAUGAAGAGGAUUAAUUCAGAAAGCGCAGGCCCCCUCUUCUCCACAAACUCUUUCAUGAGCCCGGUGGUACGGCCGACAGAUGGCCACUGCCCUCCUCAAGGAGCCCUCGAGCAGAACCAGGCGGGUGUGCUUCAUCUGCCCCAGGGUCAUCCACAGCAUGCCGCAAGCCAACCCGGCCAGCACCUGGGAGGAAACCUGUACAUGAAACAGCAGCAGCAAGACCAGCAGAGACACCAUCUGUAUCAUUUGCAACACCACCUGACACAGCCGGACCCCGCACAGCUCCACUCGCUACACCAGAGGGCGCUUCAGCAGCAGCAACAGCAGCAGCAGCAGGAGCAGCAGCAUGUGCAGAAGAAGCGAGGGCUUGUCAGAGGCAGUCCGACUGGUUCACCCGCUGGCCUGCAGCAGAAGCAGCACCACCUGGAGAAGUCUGGAGUUCAGCAGCAGCACUCACAUCAACAACAACAACAGACGCAGCAUCAACCACACACGCAGCAGCAUCAACAACAGUCUCACCAACAAUCACAACAGCAUCAACAGCCGACUCAACACCAACAGGCUCAUGCCCAGCAGCACCAACAGCAAGCACAUCAACAGCAGACACAGCAUCAACAACAACAACAUCAACAGCAGUUACAGCAGCAGCAGCAGAGCUCCCACUCCAGACAACAGCAGCACCUACAGCAGCAGAUCCAGCAGCAACAGCAGCAGCAGCAGCACUUUAGACACCAGGAGAAGUGUGAGGCCCAGUCAGCGGGAUCCAGGGUCCACCACAGCAGCCACCUGGCCCCGCAGGACCACCUCAAGCCCGGCCAAGACCACAACGCUAUGCAGAGGAUGAUGACGUCUCGGCCUCUGGAGCAGCAGCUCAUCCCUCCUCCCAGCAACCCUGUGUCCCGGUCAUCUGACCUGGCCUGCGUGCCCUCGCGGCAGGAACGCCACCGCGUCUCCAGCUAUUCUGCCGAGGCGCUCAUUGGUAAAAGUUCCACCACCGGCGAACAGCAGCAGCGCAUGGGUCUCCACCUGCAACCUGGCCGCGGCGCCGCACAGGAGCAGCCGGACCUCCGUGGUUAUCUCGACACGUCCCGGGGGAAGGCGGGCAUUGCACACAACCCGCAGAAUCGCUUGCCCUCCGACCACUCGGGAACGGCGGAUGUUCAGCGGGUCUCCGAGUGUCCGCCGUUCAAGACCAUGGGAGGAGGGGUGCAUCAACUCGGUGGCUUCGAGGCUCAGGUGUCGCGUGGGAGCGACAUGGCCCCCAAGUCAGUGGCGUCAUCUCAGAGGGUCCCUCAGGGGCAACUUCAAGGCGGGUUCAGGAUGGGCGUCGGCCCUCCCUCGGAUGGCCGUAACCGCUACAGUGCAGCUCACCCGGGCUCGCAGGGAGUACAAGUGGGCCUCCCCCGGGAGCAGGAAGGAUGUCACCAAAGUUUCAUGCAGAGCCUUCUUUCCCCCCACCUGUCUGACCAGAGCAACCACCAGCGAGCAGUGCAGUGCUGCCCGCCGGUCGGCAUGGAGUACAGCUGUGUGCCGGGGGGCUCUUCGGGAGACCUCCAGGCCAAGGCCUCCAGCCCCGGUGCCGCCCAGACACAGAAGGCCACUGCGAUGCGGCACGGCGAGCCCAACAAGGGCCACGUUUCUCAGGUUGGCAGCAACAUGCACGGAGGCCCGGGUGUGCGCUCAGGUCUCCCCCACCCUCUGACCCCACACAGCAGCUCUGAGCCAGGCCGCUCUCCGGCCGGCGGCAGAACGACCGCCGCCGUAAGCCAGCACUCCCGCCACAUCUCUCGAGACCCACAGGCCACCAAGCUGAGACCCGGGGACCGGCCUCGCUCGGGUACUCUGAGGCAGAGCAACCCCUUUGAGCCCGAGGGCCACCUGCCUCUGCCGUCGGGAGGCGGGAUGCUGCUGAGCAGACCGCAGUCUGGAGGAGAGGCGCGGCGCAGCACUAUCGUUCGCUUUAUGGCAGACACCGCCCAGGUUCCUAGCGACAACAACAUGGUCCCCGACCAACACCUGGCGCAGAACUUUGGUUUCCCCUUCAUGCCGGAGGGAGGGAUGAAUCCUCCGCCUCCGAUCAACGCCAACUCCACAUUCAUCCCUCCGGUCAGCCAGCCCAACGCCGCCCGUACGCCGUCCCUUCUGCCCGUGGAGCCCCAGAACACCCUGCCCUCCUUCUACACCUCGUAUUCUCCGGCCGCUCACCCCAGCCUCCCCAGCGACGUCACCCUCCAGUACUUUCCCAACCAAAUGUUUACAAGCCCAAGUGCCGACAAGGGCAGCGGCCCCCAGCUCAAUAACCGCUUCAGCUCGAUCCUCUCCCCGCCUCGCCCCGUGGGGUUUGGCCAGGGGAGCUUCCCCUUGCUCCCGGAUAUGCCCCCGAUGCCCAUCGCCAACUCCUCCGGGAUCACACCCCACAUCUCCAACUUCAGCCUCACCUCCCUGUUCCCGGAGAUCGCCACAGGCAUGACCAGCGACGGUUCGGCCAUGCCGAUGUCCCCCCUGCUGUCCCUCUCCAACUCCUCGGCCGCGGACUCGGGCAAGCAGCCCAACCGGCCCGCCCACAACAUCAGCCACAUCCUGGGCCACGACGGCAGCUCCGCCGUGUGAGGCCAGGAUCCGCCGCGCUCUGAUGGACAGGUGUUCAAUGAGGUCAGAAAGAGGUGGUGAAGCACCUGAUGACGGUUUACAUGUUCACGCGGUUUUUGGUGUCAGAUUUGAUCCGACUGGCAUACGUAGGAUGUCAACGUUAUUUGAAAUAUUUCCAAAAUCUUUUAAAUUUAAGGUGACAUGAAAAUAUAAUUGUUUUAAGUUCUCUGUUGGUUAAACCGACUGUUUGGUAGUAAAACAAAAUGUUUAGAGCUUGAAUUAAAUUGUUUGUGGGUCACUAAAACCUGCAGUUUCCUACCAAUGUAAUUUACUAACUUAUAUCAGGUUGUGCUGUACAGAAUCAGUUUUUUGUCCGAGAGCCAUUUUGUAAAUACCAAUGUUUCAUAUCAGAAUUGUUAGAUUAUGUAUUUGUAAAUACAAGAUUGAUUAAUAAAGUUUAUACGGAGACAUUUGUAUUUGCUGCCAACUGAA